GAUUAGUUACAAUUGACCCCCAGUCGAGAUUUGCCCCGCUGUGCCUUAGUAAUAUUUUAUCAUUUGAUUAUAAAAUUGUUUUAUAUUUAUUUGACCUAUAAGAUGAAUUAAUUUAAAAAGUUUUCAUUGUUUAUUUUAUGACUGUUCAUGUGAAGCCAAAUACAUAAAAACUAUUUUCUUAGUGUUACAAUAAAAUGUGAAAAAAUUCUUACAUCGUUUUAUUUCACUGUUACUACAUUUGAGUCAUGUUUACCGGCAGUUUUUAGUAUAUUAACAAUAUAUUUACGUCAUUAUAAUCUACACUCUACAGCUCUAGCAUAAUAAAAAAAUAAUGUAUUUUCUGUAUCACUUGUAGUACCUACAUACUUAAAAAUAAUAUGAUUUCCUACAGACAUAAUUAUAUUAUAUAAUAAGCAAUAAUGCUUAUCAAAUACAUUAUUAUAUUAUAUUUAAUAACGCAAGAUUACAACUACAGUUUGUCAAUAAGGAAGGACAUAGAAUUUGCUAAACAGUUUUUGAAAUACCACGGGAUCUCAGAUGAGAAUGUAUGUAAAAAAGGGCACAUAGAAGAAUCGUGUUCAAAUUAUCAUGAAGAAGUAUGCAGCGCCCGCGUCUCAGGCAAAAAAACCGAGUUCAAACAAUUCGAUAAUCCAUGUUACAUGGAAUUUGAUAAUGUUUGCAACUAUCAAGACAAUAUAUGGGCUAUUAAAAAUCCUGGUCCGUGUGUCAUGGAUACCGAAAUGAGGAGAUUUGCGAAAGAAAUCGAAAAAAUGGCGGAGUCUGACCCCGAAACAAUAACAAAUGAUGACACGACUUCAACAAAUGAUGAAGUCACAGAAACGACAUAUGAAACUGAACCAGUAGCAGAAUCAACUGAUGAAACUGAACCCACGCAUGAAACUGAAACUACAUAUGAAACUGGGACAGAAACUGAAACGUACGAGACUACUACUGAUGAAAGUAAUGUUGCGACAACUAUUGCAGUGAUCAGUGAUACAAAUUUAAGAAUGGGAGAGCAAAUUGGGAAAAUAUAUUACGAUGAUGGUUCAGAAAAGUUAUCUCUUAGAGAGUCAUCAUCAUCAAACUCAACCCGUUUCCCGCCAAUGAGAGGAAAACUAACUUUUAACAAAGAACCUUGCGAAAAGAAGGUUAAUCGCUGCCCCGUUUUAUAUUACCCUGUAUGCCUGUAUUUCGCCCGGGAGCAGCCUAAUAACGUCACUUAUUACUACUUUAUAAACCUUUGCGAAGCGAAGCAAUGGACUUGCUACCAUCCUGAACAUCAAAUACAUGGCUCUAGUAGUAUGAGAGCUGGCUACUGCGCUCAUGUAACGUACUUAAACUUCGCUAGAAACACCCACGCAAUGUCGUCGUUCAGUCACUACGGAUGGUUACACGGGUCCCAGCCCUUAAGCCGCAUUUUGAAGCCUCACGAGCGCGCUACCUAACCCCCACACAAACGCGCUGCCCAUGCCCCCAC